AUGACACGGUGGCAGGCUUCCCGUUGGUUGGAGGUGGGCGCUAGUCACGACGGCGCCUUCUCGAUUGUCGAUAGCGGCACGCUUGGUCGCUUGAUAGAGCAAAUGCCGGAGCGGCACCAACAGUUCCCUAUGCUCUGGGUGUUCCUCGGCUCAACUAAGAAAACCAUAGCCCUUCGAGGAAUGUUUGCUGAUAAUGCAAUCACCAGGACAGCAUGCGAUGGAGGGAUUCAUCUGUGGAGUGAUGUGAGCUCGUUGACAUCGAGCAACCCGAUCCUAUUCGUCGAUAGCGAUCCAUGGAUGCAGCCGACGGAGCGGCGCGGUAGGCGGCAAUGGCAGAAUUAUCCACUCGUGUGGCCGUCGUCAUCGGCUAGUGAAGUGAAAACACUCCUCAUUGGUCAAUUACUCUUUGGGUUGGCCGAUGUCGUCUGCGUGUGGAUUGAUGAUUCGCCGUUUGGCGAAAAUGUAGUGACCUUUUUGGCCAAUUAUCGUACUACGACCUCGCUUCCGGUUGCGCUUCGCCCACGACUCAUCAUUGUGCAUGACACUAACACUAAACUACCCCACAACUGGGCGACGCUAGAUCCUCUGUCAGAAACGUUUUCGCAUAUCGUGGCAGCGCCACUCGCCGUAAACAGUAAUUCCGAUGCAGAUCCUCAGUUUGGUCAUUUAAAAACUCUGAUCCGAACUCAAUCUCAGGAAGUACAACGUCUGCGCCACGAGCAUAUUGCCCGGCUCUCCGCAGCCCACCUAGACGAGGUUCUCAAAUUAGCGCUACAACAUCUUUCUAAAACCAGGGAACAACCAUUUAACUUGAUCAGUGCCUCCCGGGGCCCGGAUGAGAUUCCCCCAGAUCUAGGGCUGCACGUCGAUUAUUAUCAUCAUGCCUGUAUGGAUGCGAAUCUCACCGACCUUGACUGUGCAAAGUCAAUUGCGUCGGCACUAAUCAUGGAUCACUACCGUCCGGAAAUGCCACCAAUGAACCCUAAGCUAGUGUUCCAGGUACUCUAUCAGCCUAAACUUGCACUAAAACACCAUGGGCAUUCUCCUCCCUCGGAGAUUCUCUUGAAUUUGGUGGAACAGGAAAUGAGCAACCAAUUUCGUUUGCUCCAGAACGGAGCCAUCCCGUCCGUUGUCGUGAGAAGGGAUCUUAUAGCUAGAAACAGGCACUACUCGGGUGUCAGGUCCAAUCGACUGUGCCUGUACUGUCUCAUUCGUCCGGCGCAGCACGCCACGGCAUGUGACCACCCAUUUUGUGACCUUUGUGCUCGGCUCUUUGGCGUCCCUGCGGUGGAUAUGGAGUUUCGUUUCAGUGUGAACCACUGCCUCUUUUGUCACACCCAUAUCUCUCUUGUUAUGGACGUUUUACCACCAUCCAUGGACCCAACUAUUCUCGCCAUCGACGGCGGUGGUGUCCGCGUUGUCAUGCCUCUCCAAUUUCUUAGCCUUGUACAGGAGCACCUUGGCGAGGAUUGUCGGCUUCAAGAUCUGGUCGACCUCCACAUCGGCCCCAGUGCAGGAGGCCUGGCGGGAAUUGGUCUUUUUGAUAAGCAAUUACCGGUGGCAGACUGCGCGGAGAUGUUUGACCGCCUUGCCCGCGUCGUAUUCAGUAAGAAACGUCGCCCCGCACUUCCAUGGCUACCCCAACAGAUCUUCGGACAAAUCCGGCAAUACGCUUCAUGGUUUAUGCAUGAUGGGUGCUAUGACGGCUCGGUAUUUGACACGGUCCUUAAAGAUCUCUUCGGCAGCCAUUCUUUCUUCCACGGCAAUCCUACAGUUUUAUCAGCCAUUUCAAGAACGAAGAUAGGCGUAGUGGCAACCGAUAUUGCCAAUAAAACAAGAACGAUUGUCAUCGGUAACUUUAACGCCACCAGGCACGCUACAGAUGAUAGCGACUACCAAUUGAUUCGACCAAUGAACAUCGAAGAUGAGCCCCGCGCCUGGGAAGCUCUCUUCCCACCCGCAUAUCUCGCCGUGGGUGCUCUUCAAGACGGUGGCUUAACAGAUAAUUUCGCCGGUGGAAUCGCCCGCCGUGUCAGUCGAACAAUAUGGACGCGGAGUGAGGAGCCCGCGAGAAUGCUCUCCCUGGGCACAGGUAAGUUUCCUCGACAGAAUACAGAGUCCAGCCCCCACUUUCGACAUGUCUUUCGUGAUGGAUUCCUUCGCCGUGCUUUUAGCGCGUGGAUGACUUCGAUGGAUUCCGACAGUAGGUGGCGGGAAAUGCAUAGCCAGCUAGAUCAGUCGAUUGCUUCGAAUUUCCGACGGGUGGAUGUAGUAUUAGAAGGAGAAUCAAUGUCAUUGGAUGCGAUUGAAAUGAUGGAUCACUACAGGAACUUGGUGAUUCGAAACCCAGAGACUGCACGCCUCGCUAAAAUCGCAACGCUAGAUUUACUGACCGCGAGGUUUUAUUUCGCUCCCAACAGGGUCUCUCCGAACAGACGUCGCCCAUUGCGGGUCCACGGGAUUAUUCGAUGUAAAGGCCCCAUUCGUGCCAUUCUCGCCAUUAUGGAACGCCUGGUGGGCGAUCCUUUCGAGGUCGUGACCGACAGUCGGCGCCUUGGCUCCCGUCUGAGUGAACGAGACAUCUGUCCCCUGUGUGGCCGGUUCUGUCGCCCAGUCACACUCGUUGCUCAAAGCCUGGACCAGCCCAUCGCGAUCUAUCUCAAAUCCGGCAGCAAAAAUCGGUGGCGGAUUAACGUUCCAGGCACCCUCGCGAAAUUAGUAAGAAGAGAACAACUCGACUUACCGUUUGGCGGAGAAGCCCAUGGAAAAGCAGGAACCCAUCCGUGUGCUGCGUGCGACUCGGGGUGUAUGCCAUUUCGGGGUGAACGCCCUAAGCGGAGUGCGAGCAUGUCUAUAGAAGAGCGGAAACAUAAGCGAAUUUGCAUCGUGGAUGAAGUAAAGGAUUCUGGACCAGUCGUGGGUACCGGAAAUACAUGA